CCCCUUUUUCCUAUUGCCCGUAGUAGUCAUGGCGGCCAUGAGUUUAUUGCAGCGGGCUUCGGCCACUGCUCUGGCUGCAUUGUCAGGCCGCCGACUCGGCCCUAAGCUUGGAUUUGGGGGCUUCCUCACUCGUGGCUUUCCGAAGGCUGUCGCUCCUGUCCGACACAGUGGAGACCAUGGGAAGAGACUGUUUAUCAUCAAACCUUCUGGAUACUAUGAUAAGCGGUUUUUGCACUUAAUGAAAUUCUACAUUUUGUUGACUGGGAUUCCAGUAGCAAUUGGCAUAACUCUGGUGAACGUAUUCAUUGUUGCUGGUUUAAUUGAGACAGUCAUUUUCGGAAUAAUAAACUGGAAAGGCAAACACCCUAUCUCAAGAUGGAUUGCCCGUACUUUCUAUGAUUGUCCUGAAAAGAACUAUGAAAAAACAAUGGCUAUCCUUCAAAUUGAAGCUGAAAAGGCUGAAUUACGGUUAAAGGAGCUCGAAGUACGGAGACUGAUGCGCUCGAGAGGUGAUGGUCCCUGGUUUCAGUAUCCAACCAUUGAUAAAGCGCUUAUUGAUCAUUCUCCAAAAGCGUCUCCUGACAACUGAUCUUUUAUUUCUCCAUAAAAGAGUGUAUUCUCGUUAGAGGAAAAAUAAACUAAUAAUUCUGUA